CCUGGAACGCGGCGCCGAUGCCGAAGCCAGGUCAGCGCGAGACGGGAACAGCGCACUGCCACUGGCUCGCAGUGAGCGGCAUAGACGCGCAUCUCAGUAGAAUGAUGAAAGUUUACAAGUUGGACGAGUGUUUGGAUAGAACUAGGGACGUCAUCGUCGUUAACGCAAAGGGCGAAACUCCCCUUCAUCUGGCUGUCCGAAUCCGCACUGCAGCUACGUAGAUAUCAAAGAGCUUCUGGAUCGCGGAGCGAUCUAGUUGUUGAUCGAUUAUUGAUGUUUCCGACUCGGCUGGAGCAAGAAAAAUAACGAGAUGACUCGCCAGGCAGAGCCAGACCAGACCCCAUGAUGCAUCAGAUCCUACUUCAAGCGAAAGAGCUGCAGGAGCACAUGGACUCGUCCAUCUGUUUUUUCCUUCUCCGCCUCUAGUGUACGCUCUCACGGCGUUCGGAUCAGACGUUGACAAGUGCUCGACCCUGAGGCUGAUGCUCGAUUACGGUGCCGAUGUCGGCCAGAUGUUACCGAGCCGCUGUCCCCCCGGAUGAUAGUCCCGGUCCGAGACUAUGGUCUUCUCCUUCUUAGUUUUAGCUGUGACAAAACGAGGACCGAAAGCAGCAGAAACGAGCCGAAAUGUCAGAUAAUGUUGUCAAAUUCGCCAAGCUUAGAUGCACUCCAGAGUCGAGUUUCUGGGCCAAAUUUGCUGAACUAAAAAUUGACAAGUUUAAAUUGGAAGACAAAAUAAAGAUUCCGCUAUGGGGCAGCUACAGUCUUGGGCCAGAAGAGAAAGGAGGAAGACCUUUAUUUCUGGACUACACGUCAUUCAACGAGGAUCUAGAAAUGACGUCGCAUAACUCUGCGGUUCCAUGUGCUGGUUAUAUGAUCAACACCAAUACGUUUGAAACGUUCAGGCAAACCAAUCCGGAAACUUUCAUUAACACACUUGGCAAGGAACUGCUUGACCUACUGAAAACCGAGACUGCAGUUAAAGAGCCAUGGCGACUGAUGACUUUUCUUUUACUCUGCUAUUCGGAUCUUAAGAAGUAUAGAUUUCACUACUGGGCUGCUCAUCCGACUCCUUUCAAUUUGCCUGAAAUGCAUUACGCCAAGCAGCAAGUGUUUAUCAGAGAAGAAUUCACUGCUGAUCAAGUACAAAGUUUCGAAGAAGGCUUCAGAAAGUUAAAUGCCAAAUCUAGGAGUUUCUUUUCUGUGAUUAUUUCAAAGGAAUCCAAGACUUUGGAAAUUGUUAGUCUAGCUCGAGGUAUAGCUAUCGGAAACUCAAGUGAUAAAGAGAAUGAGGCAAAUAUUUAUUUUGCCUUCUAUGAUCCAUGUUCGCACACAUGCCCAGGCUGGCCACUGAGGAACCUUUUGUGCUUGUUAUUUCUUCAAUGUCCAAAUGUGUGCUUUGAGAAGUGGAUGAAAUUCAUUUCAGUUAGAGGACAUAACAUCACAAAUUCAGUAGUAUACACUAUAAGAACCAAAGAACAAGAAAAUAGAGAAGUAUUAAAUGAGUCGUUAUUAGGCGGAAAUUUAGUAGGCUGGGAGUCUAAUGCUCGUGGUAAGAUGGGACCAAAUAUUGCCGAUUUAUCAGAGACAAUGGACCCAGUGAAAUUGUCAGACAGGGCUAUAAGUUUAAAUUUGAAGCUGAUGAAAUGGAGACUGGUACCUGAACUAGAUCUAGAUUAUAUUAGUGGUAUGAGAUGCCUUUUAUUAGGAGCGGGGACACUGGGGUGUUCCGUUGCAAGAGUACUACUCGGCUGGGGCGUACACACGAUAACUUUCGUCGACAACUCGGUAGUCUCGCCGAGCAACACGGUUCGGCAAAACCUGUAUACGCACGAAGACGCUGUGAAUCGCAGACCCAAAGCUGAAGCUGCAAAAAAUGCUCUUUUAAAAAUCCAUCCAAACCUAAAUGCACAGGGUGUCGUGUUGCAGAUUCCGAUGCCAGGGCAUGUGGUAGGUCAGAGCAUGCUAGAAUCUACAAAGCAGGCUUUGGCAAAGCUAGAGGAUCUCUACUCGCGCCACGACGUCGUGUUUCUGCUGCUGGAUUCGCGCGAGGCCCGCUGGUUGCCCACCGUUAUGUGCGCAGCCUACGGCAAAAUGGCUAUUAAUGCGGCCUUGGGAUUCGACUCUUACACUGUCCAACGUCACGGUACCCGGAUCGACUGCGGCUCUGCUGCGUCGCCAGAUCUCACUGUACAGAAUCCUGGUGGAAAAGACCUUGGCUGUUACUUCUGCAACGAUGUCACACAGCCUGGAAAUUCACAAGUGGAUCGCACAUUGGAUCAGCAGUGCACGGUUAGCAGACCGGGAUUGUCUUACAUUGCUGCUGGACUAGCUGUUGAACUUUUGGUUGCUUUGACGCAGCAUCCGGAUAAAGCCGAAGCUCGAGCUCUGAUGGAUGACGGAAAAGAGCAGGGACGCUCAAGCAGGGAAAGCAGUGGCAUGAUGGGACUUCUAGGCGGCGUACCACAUACGGUUCGCGGUUCUCUCUGGAGCCACGAGACGCGACUAACCAUAACCCACCGUUUCCCGUCGUGCACAGCCUGCUCCCUGCCUGUAAUUAACGAGUAUCGGGCUCGAGGUGCCGAUUUUGUGCUCGACGCUUGCAACCAGCCGAACUAUCUUGAGAGACUGGCCGGCUUGGAGGAUCUUCUUAAAAGGCCUGAUUUAGAUGAGCUCUGCUACGCUCUGGAUACAAGUGACGAGGACGAAGAUUAGACCGUCCGAUUAUUGCUAUUCGAGACAGAAUAAUGGAAAGCGAGUACGGGAAUUCAAAGAAAUAAUUUUAUGGUUUAUUCUUGUGAAAAGGAGGUAAUUCUUUUCCGAUAAUCGAACAGUAUUGCAACGGUCAUGGAGAAUGCGCAGACUCUUUUGUAUUUUUAUAAAUCAUGUAAAGCGUUUACUUUACGUAGCAGGGCAAAGCGUUAUUAUAUACCUAUACAUAUAUAUUUCUUGAUGGCAAUCGAAUUUGUUGGAUCAUAUGGACGCAUCUUUUUAUAUCCUCGUCUUUUACUACAUGUUGUUUCUACGUUUGACUGUCCUGUCCGCGCUCUAAUCUAUCGAGCAUUUACAUACUUAUCGUGACCUGCAAACCGUAUUUAUGUUGCUUUAUCAACAUAAUCAUCAUCGUGUGCGUUGGAUGUUAAAUGAGCGUACGACGUCUCAGUAAAUGUCUAUAUCUGAAAUAUAUUUGCCUACUAAAAUCAGUA